AUGCAGCAAUUGGUGGCUUGGGAUAAACCAGUAAGGGUAUUUAUUAAGGUUAAUUGGGACACCUCUUUAGAUGUAAAAAGGAAGAGAAUGGGGAUUGGAAUCAUUAUAAGGGAUGAAGAAGGAGAGGCUUUGGUGGUUGUGUGUGAUCUUAAGAAAAAUGUGGUGAAUGCAGUAGUUGCAGAAAGUUUUGCCUUGAGGAAAGCAGUAGAAUUGUGCUCAGAUCUCAACAUUCAAAAUGCCAUUUUUGAGAGUGAUGCAAAGGGAGUGAUUGAGGCUGUACAGAGUGAAGAAGAAGUUGUUCUUGAUUUUAGCUCUAUCAUUGAAGAUGUCAAGGCUCAUUUCAGAAAUAGAACAGAUUGGUUUAUACAAUUUGUUAUUAGAAAAAGAACAUAA